UCUUGCAACCGCGCCUCGUCCCGGCUCCUCCAACCCCACGAGCCAUGAUCUGUCGGCGCCGCUCGACAUCUCUCCACUCAUAGCCCAACAAGACUGCCAGUUUCCUUCCCUCUCGCGUCCUUCGAGGGACUCGAACACGACAACUCGCUGCUUGACAUAUCCUGGCACAUACGCCAUCAUGUUAGACCACGUUCUGGGCCGGCCGUCGGUCAAGUCGCGUAGGCUGCAAGUCCUCGCUGUCCUGACAUUCUGGUCGGUCUACUUAGUGAAAGGUCCUCGCCAUGGUCCACCACUACUCCGUCGCCUGUCCAAGCUCUCUUCGAGGGCCCUGACGGGAUGGCAGAUUGUUGUUCUCACCAUGGUCUACCUAUAUGCCACGCGCAACUUCAGCACCAUCGUCGGCCUCGCCAGCCCCGAGCCCAUGGCCAACAUGUACGAUACAAAGUACUUCCGGGCCACCUGGGUCCUGACGGCUCUCGAUGCCGGCUUCUGGACAGCCAUGAAGAUCAAGAAGAAGUGGCUCCGCGAUUUUGCGAGCAUCUUCUUCACCAUUUAUUACCUCAUAGCGGCGGAGAAAGCUGACAACAAGGUUCGCAAGGUGCGAGGGAUGAUCACCGUCGACCACCUGCGGAUCAGCUGGAACAAGGGCAGCACCUCGCCGUCCUUGUCGUUUUUCCAGAAUCUCCUUCGGCCGCGCUUCACUCGCUGGCCACCCCGGGCUAUCCGUAUCCCCAGGCCGAGCACCAGCGACUACAAGGAGCCCGUAUCCGCAUGGCUCUAUUACGAUGGGCCUGUGUCAGAUCUCGUCCACAUCAACAAAAUGAUUUUGGACAUUCCUGGUGGUGGUUUCGUGGCUAUGGACCCGAGGUGCAACGAUGACAAGCUGUUCGCAUGGGCAGGAAAGACUGGGCUGCCAGUCUUGAGUCUUGAUUACAAGAAGGCACCCGAAUUCCCCUUCCCAUUCGCCCUGAACGAAUGUUUCGACGUUUAUACGACCAUUGUGCGCAGUCGUGGGCGAUGCAUCGGCAUGUCAGGCCGUGACGCCCCAAAGAUUGUAAUCGCUGGCGACAGUGCAGGUGGGAAUAUUGCAACGGCCAUGACCUUGAUGAUCAUCGAGAGCCACAUCAAAAGCCGCGGGAUAGCCUCUGGACAGCCACCUUUACCUGUACCCGACGGACUACUACUGCUUUACCCGGCAUUGGACAUGAAUAUCGGCAACUGGAUGUCUGACGAGCAAAUGGCGCUCGUCAAGGACCGCGGGACGAAAGCAACGAACAAGAACUACAUCCGCCGGAAAACCAUGCAAUUUAGCGAUGUCGCUGGCACACCACACCACUCCGACGAUGAGGAUGACCAGAGCCCUCCACCACUCAAGCUCGACACCGCAGUGGUGGCCGAGGGACUUGGCGAAGAGGACCAGGCCGCACUCGCCUCUCCGCAACCCAAGUAUUCCCAUGCUAACCCACAAGAGUGGACGGACAAAGAGCCUGCCAGCCCGGUCGCGCGGAGAAAGUCGCUGUCUCAUCAGCCGGAACCUUUACGUACUCGACUAGCCAUGUCCUCCAUGCUGUCUUAUUUCAACGAUCGUGUCCUUACGCCAGAGAUGAUGCGAGCUAUGAUCAUUCUCUACAUUGGCCCGCAUAAUCGUCCAGACUUUUCUCAGGACUAUCUGCUGUCGCCGAUCUUGGCACCCGACGCCUUGCUACAACUGUUUCCCAAGACAUACUUUCUCACAGGCGAGCGGGACCCACUGGUGGAUGACACGGUCAUCUUUGCUGGCCGGCUCCGAAAAGAGAAGCGCGCGCUGCACGCACAAAGAGUCAAUGGCCGCGACCCGACUUUGCUCGACGACUUUGACGAGAAGGAUAUCUGUGAAGUGGUGCUCAUUCCGGGCAUCAGUCACGGCUUCAUCCAGUUCCCAGCUCUGUACCCACCAGCAUGGAAGUUCAUUGACCGUUGUGCGCAGUGGGCUGUGGAACUGCUGGACACAGCCGACGCAAGGGCUUUGCGUGAGCAGCAGGCUUGGGAGUUCCACCCUGCGAGCCCACAACAACGGCAUCACAGGCGGGUCGAAAGCAGUGGCGAUGAAGGUGGCCUCGAGAUCAACAUGACCCGCACAAGGGGCCGGACGAUCAGCGACGAAGGCAAGGCGAAGGGCAGCCCAGGAAUAGGAAGCACGUCGCCGCCCAUGCCCACGAUCUCAUCACCAGCUCCUGUCAACGGAGAUGGCAUGGGCCCAGAAGGCCGCAGCUCCCCCUUGAAUGGUGUGAAUGGCAAUGGCGCCGCCGCGAGCCCGUCCUUGCCGCCUAAGCGCAGGAAACAGGUGCAGAAGUCAAAGAGCAUCAUCAGACUGAACAGCUCGGAUGAUCUUCUUGGUAGAAGGAUGCAGGGCCUCGCCGGCCCGCUUACUGGAACACACGAUGAUGCCGACUAGAGAAACACGGGGCCUAUAUAAGAGACGUAUACGAACAUAUUGCACGACGAUGAUCAUGUGAUUGAUUUGCUCCACUCACGGGAUUGUCUUUGAGGAUUCUGCAAUGGCUUUGUAAAGUGCACAUUGCUGGGCGAAGAUGAUGCAAAUUGGGCGUAUGAAUUACGAUGCAACUCCUGGAGGACUGCUUCUUGUGACGGUUGCAUCCGUUUCCCGUGCCAAAUCCGUGACCUACGGCGUUCUACAGACCAGAAAUCCUUCACUCCUUGACGAACCCUCCCCCAUAUC